UUUCCCCUCGCCCCGUGUCCUCCUCCUCGCCCCACCCCCGAUCUGCGGCGCACACGUCUCGCCACUCGGCCGCUGCAUCCGUCCCCGCGCAGAGUGUGGUUCCAGACGAUGCUGUCGCAGCUGUGCCGAGCCCAGCUGUGGUCCAGAAGCAGCCGCAAGUGGACCUGCAGGCAAGACAAGCCAUCGUCUCCGAACAUCUUCAGCCGUAAGACCAACAAUCUCCACGGGAUGAGCGAUGCUUUUAGUAGCGAAGAAGAGAAUGACUACGCUGAAGAGGAGGACAGCAGUGACUGUUCACUCCAGGGCUGCUGUUGCUGUCGGCGCAGUUGCUGCUGCUGCUGCUGCUGCUGCUGCGGCCAGGUUAAUCCGGCGUACCGGCUGCCCGACCGGACGACUGUGGCCAGCACACAGGAGGAGGCUAUGGUGGUGAUGCAGUGCGUUCAACUGCACUUGGGCGGCACGGGUGCACCGCAGCCAUUGCUGCCCAUGGGCACCCUCGUCACUGCCCUAUACCGGCACAGGGACUGGAUCUGCGUGCAGACGCCACAUGGCGUGCGCGGUUUCGUGCGGCACGGAAGCUGUGCCCCACUCGGCACAUUGCUCGCCCCGAACACCGGUCGCCGUCAGUCCUCGGCCACUAGUAGGGACUUGACGCUGCGCCGGAAUCUGGCCCACCACGGCGGCAGCCACAAUGCGGCCCGCGUCGCCGACAAGUUGUUUCUUGAGAAGAACAUCGACGUCUGGGCCAGCGACCAGUCUAUGGCAUCGCGCCUCGUCGAUGCCGCAGACACGAGCAGCGUUUGAUGACAAUAAAAAGGCAGUGAUGUGCCCCAAACCAG